UUUUUUUGUUGUUGUUAAUUUUUAAGAAAAAAGAAAAGAAAUUUCGAAAAGAAGAAACCGAAGAGAAAAUGGCUACCGAUGGCGCCGGCGGCGGAAAGGUGUCUUUCAAGGUCACUCUCACUUCCGAUCCCAAACUUCCGUUUAAAGUAUUUAGCGUUCCUGAGGCUGCUCCAUUUACUGCAGUUCUCAAAUUUGCUGCCGAGGAAUUCAAAGUUCCUCCUCAAACCAGCGCUAUUAUCACCAACGAUGGUGUGGGAAUUAAUCCUCAACAAAGUGCAGGUAAUGUCUUUCUCAAACAUGGCUCGGAAUUGCGCUUGAUUCCUCGUGACAGGGUUGGUGCUCAUUUGAUGUCAUCUUAAAGCUCAAAUUGAAGAUGGUUUAUGUUAUCUUAAGAUUAAAUUUCACCUAUCUAUCUAUAUAUAUCUAUCCUUAUUCCGUUUACACAAUUCUUGAAUGUUACUUUCUCAACUAGUUGUUGGGUUGUUAAAUAUUCAGAUUGUUUAAUCCUAAACUGAAAUGAAUGAUUGUUGGACUUUGAUUUCACAGAAAACAAUAAGAGCGUUUGAGAAGUUAUAGACAGGAUUUAUUGUUGUGCACUUUUAAAGUGAAUGAAAUACCUCGUGCCACUGUC